AUGAAGCAAACAAAAUACUCAGUCGCAAUAGUAUUUUCAAACAAAGGCGAAGUACUGAGGGCUGCUUGUAAGUGCCCUGCAGGGUAAGAUUAUAUGAUAUAUUUUCAGUUGCUUAUUUUAUGAAUUGUUUAUACCUACUGUACAUGUUUACGAGUAGAAAUACUAGUGCAAAACUAUGCAAACCUCUUUCCAUACAGUGAUGUAUGAAUGUGUGAAUCCGAUUGUAGACGGUAAAAUAUUGAAUCAAUGUAAUUCAAUGAAUAUAAAGGUCUUUUAGCAUGUUUAUAUUAUUUUAUCGAACCUGUAAUUUCAUGUCUUGUCUCAAAUACCACUUCAUUAUUUUUAUUAUAAAUGUAUUUUUUGACAGGUUAGGUUCUGGUGGCCAUGGCCAAUGCAACCAUGUUGGUGGUAUUCUCUUUGCCAUCGAAGACUUCAACAGACAGGGACUACAAAAUCGCAGUGAACCAGUUACAUGUACUUCAAGGCUGUGUGCAUGGAAUGUGCCAAGAAAUAGUAAAGUGGCUGCAAAACCUGUUGAUGACAUCAACAUUGUGAAGUACAGAUAUGGAAAGGACAACAGAACUUCUGUUAAAUCAAGUGUGUAUGAUCCAAGAGCCCCAUGUGAUAGAGUGCUCAAUAAAGCAAAAUUAAACUCUAUGCUUGUGAAACUUAGCCAGCACUUACCAAGUAGCUCUCUUUUUCUAUUUCAUGAUAUCAAGCCAAGCCUGGACAGUCAAAAUGUUAUUGUUGACAGUACAUGUGAAUGUGUACCACUUAAUUGUAUAGAAAUGGUAGAACUUACCUCAGAACAUGAUGACAUGGACUUGCCAUUCAAUGACGAUUAUGACAUUGCAACAAAGAAAUUCAAGUCAAUGAUUGAUAUAUAUGAAGAGAGAAUAACUGACAAUGAUGUUGAAAGAAUAGAAAGGUUGUCACGGGGCCAGGACAAUACUUUUUGGAGGGAACUAAAACAGGAGAAACUAACUGCGUCAAAUUUCAAAGCUGCUGCUAAGAGAAAAGUUGAACCUGAUAAACUUUUAAAGCAAAUCAUGUACAAAAUUGAAGAAACCACUAAUGUUUCAGCAUUACAGUAUGGUCACAUGCAUGAAGAUAAUGCUAUCAAUGAUUAUAUUAAAUACAAACACUCCCAAGGAAACACAGGCUUGACAGUUUGGAAAGUUGGGACUUACAUAUCAAAGAUUAGACCAGGAUUGGGGGCUAGCUUGGACAGAAUGGUUUAUGAUCCUUUGGCACACUGUAAGAAAGGUGGCCUCGAAAUCAAAUGUCCAUACUCUAAACAAGGUAUGACAAUUGAAGAGGCUUGUCAAGACAAGAAUUUUUGUAUGACUUUGAAGCCUGGGAUGCCUACAUUGAAGAUAGGACACCAGUAUUACUAUCAAGUCCAAGGGCAGAUGUAUGUUUCAUGUUUGCAAUGGGUAGAUUUUGUUGUAUGGUUUGGAGCAGACAACCUCUACAUACAAAGGAUAGUAUUUGACAAACAGUGGUGGCACAAGGAAGCUCUACCAAAGCUGGAUUACUUCUAUCGUCGGGCAUUUUUACCCGAAGUUCUGACAAGAAGGGUUAAAAGAGGGGUCCGUCUUUAUAACCAUGGAGGGUGGCAGCCUUACACGACAAGAAGUUCUUAG